AUGAAGCAUUAUUUGUGUGGCUGCUGUGCAGCUUUCAGCAAUAUAGCAAUCACAUCUCCAGUUCAGAAGGUCCUCUUUUGGCAGCAGCUUUAUGGAAUCAACACCCAGGAUUCAGUACUUCAGUUAAGGAGGGACAGAUUUCAAAACUUGUAUUGUGGCAUCCUUCCCCCAUUAAUGCAGAAAACAACUACCCUGGCACUUAUGUUUGGUCUGUAUGAGGAUUUGUCUUGCCUUCUCCAUAAGCAUGUCAGUGCUCCAGAGCUUGCAACCCGUGGUGCAGCUGCAAUACUUGCAGGGACAACAGCAGCCAUUUUCACUCCAUUGGAAAGAGUUCAGACAUUGCUUCAAGACCACAAGCAUCAUGACAAAUUUACAUACACUUAUCAGGCCUUCAGGGCGCUGAAAUGCCAUGGAAUUAGAGACUAUUAUCGAGGCUUGGUGCCCGUACUUUUCCAUAAUGGAUUCAGCAAUGUUUUUUUUUUUGGCCUUCAAGGUCCCAUAAAGGAACAUCUGCCUACUGCAACAACUCACAGUGCUCAUUUGGUUAAUGACUUCACCUGUGGAGUUGUAUUGGGUGCCAUGUUGGUGUUCUUGUUUUUUCCAGUUAAUGUUGUAAAAACUCACAUACAGUCUCAGAUUGGUGGGGAGUUUCAGUCUUUCUCCAAGGUUUUCAAAACAAUCUGGCUAGAAUGGAACAGGAAACUGACAAAUCUCUUCAGGGGUGCCCAUCUGAAUUAUCAUCGGUCCCUCAUCUCUUGGGGGCAUAAUCAAUGCAACUUAUGA